AUGUUUCUAAAACAAAUCGACCUCACUACCGCCCUCAGGCCGUCAUAUCUGCCCGACGAAGUGCUUCUCUUUGUCCAGGACAAUGUGGGGCUCUAUGAGGGCAAGUACAAACUCCCCAACCAACAAACCGGCCAGGUCUACCUGACGUCGCAUCGGAUAUGCUAUGUCGACAAACAGGAGCCCAGGAAACACUCUGUGGCUCUGGACCUGAAGGAUGUGGAGAGAUAUGAGUUCUACGCUGGGUUCCUGAAGUCCUCUGCAAAGAUCACCCUGAUUCCCAAGCCCUCCAAGCGAGCAUCGCUUCAGUCGAGAGCCACAGCAGGAACGACAAGCUCUCCUCGGCCUACUCUCGAAUCUGCGUUUCGUCCUCCAUCGGCAGCUCCUCCGCAAGCCAGCGCCGCCACGUGGGUCUGUACGAUAUGCAGCUUCCCGAAUCCUGUUCCUUCAAACUUCGAUCCAACAACCGCGAACGCGCAUACGCCGUUGCCGCCAUGCUUGGCCUGCGGCAUCAAACCGGCAUUGACGCACGUCUUGAAGGCUGCCAUAUCCAAUGUCACCAGUAGACAGAUGACCUCGUCAGGGUCGACGCCUCAGUCUCCACUCUCAGGCGGCUUUGGAACGCAGAAACCAGGCUCUGGAUAUGAAGAUCGCACUGCUUCCAGGUCUGCGCAAAUGGGUUUCUCGCCACCUGGGAGAGCAAAUACGUCAACCGAUAACGAUGGCUUUCAGUGCCCACGUUGUACCUUUUUGAAUCACCCGUCUCUCCUGUCCUGUGAGAUAUGCGGUGCCCCCCUCAUAUCUCACGAUGUUUCAAUGCAGGUAAUACAAGAUCAACCGAGGACCGACUCACCAGGGCCGACACUGAACUACGGAAACGUCACUGGCUUGGAAAAUCCCGAGAGUGUCAAGAUAUCCUUUCGGGGUGGAGGGGAGAAGAUAUUUUAUGAACGCCUCAAGGGAUCCAUGACCCAACGAAAAUGGCUAUUACACGAAGCGCCCCCUGUGCCGAUGGGCAACAGAGCUUUCGAUGAUAAUCGGACAGACUCCUCAUCUAGGCCGGGUAUGGGGCCUGGUCGAACAAAGACAGCAGGUAUCGCCGGACUGGAAAAGAUGGGUCUGGAUCGGCGUAAGAACAAUGAACUUGUGAUUGGCAGCUCUUUUGAGGACUUGGAAGCCUUGAUGGCUUCUGCCAAGGAGAUCAUUGCCCUUGCCGAAUCGUUCGCUCGGCAGGUCAAUGGAGGUACCGACGGCGGGACAUCCGAAGCCAAUGCCCUGUUAGCUGAAUCAGCAACUCAGCUAGGCCUUGUCACUACGAAGGACAUAGUCGGAGGGGGUGGUGGUUCCGGGUCAGAGUCUCUAUAUUUAUCCGAGCUGUCCAGGAACCUUGCAGAGUUCUUGACGGAUGACGCCCGCGGGGUGCUCAAGAAGGCUGGGGGCAUCGUAAGUCUGGUGGACCUGUGGGCAAUGUUCAACCGAGCUCGCGGAGGCGUGGAACUGGUAAGCCCAAACGACUUCGAAAAGGCUGCUCGUCUGUGGGAGAAGUUGAAACUACCGGUGCGCUUGCGGACCUUCAAGAGCGGUGUCAUGGUCUGCCAGAGCCGCGACCGCACAGACGAAUCCACCAUCAAGGCCCUCCUGGUAUGGCUUCGCGACCUGCAUGACUUUCCUCCGGACAAAGAGGUCCCCUGGGACUGGCAAGAAUUCGGGCGCGGUGUCACCGCCCAGGACGCAGCCGAGAGGUUUGGUUGGAGUAUCGGUGUUGCCGAGGAGGAGCUCGAGAUGGCAGAGGAAAGAGGGGUUCUGUGCAGAGAGGAGGGCUUGGAGGGCCUAAAGUUUUGGGAAAACUACAUAGACACAGGGGAGUACCGUCACCGACCGCGGCCAAAAACAGAGGCUGAUAAGAUCAUUGAGGCAUUGAAUGCCUCUGGAUUGAUCUAA